AUGCCUGAAUCCAAUACCGAAACAACCGUCUACACCUCCCGCAACUUCUCAAUCAACUGCGGCGGCGUCAUCCACGACCCAGACAAAAACCUCUACCUCAUAGUCGCCAACCGCGUCGGCGCAUCCGGCGACAUCAGCUACUCCUACAAACUACCCAAAGGCCAAAAGACCGAGACCGAAGACCUCCUCACCACAGCAAUACGAGAAAGCAGGCGAGAAACAGGAGUCACAACAACCUCAAUGGCACUACCCCCAGAUCUAGCAGAGGAAGACAUGGACAUUGACGAUGAUGACGAGGAGAUCAUCCCUGGGGAAGAUAUGUACACUACCGAACCGAUCGCCAUAACGCAUUCACUCUGGGAUGAAGGGAGUUAUACGAUUAUGUGUUUGACCUUUUGGUUCGCCUUACAAGCAAACAGUGAGAGAUUUCCCUGUCAGACGUUGCAGGAGUUUGGGGCGAGUGAUAUACAAUUGACAACGACGAGACGAGAACGGCAACAACAACGUGGGAAACAACGUUCGCCCAUCUGGGUCACUGAAGAUGAGGCUUUGGAGUUGUUAAGUAAGGAAGACGACAAGGAAGUUAUCAAACAGAUGGCGGGAUUGCUGCGGGUGAAGAAGAAUUGGGAGCAGCUUCGAGAUGAACGAGACUAUUGA